AUGGUAGAUUUUCGGUGGCUAGCUAUCUCAAACAUAUUCUUAAUACUACUAUUCAAAACUACCGAUGCAUUCCAAAAUGAAACUGAUCGACAAAUUCAAAUUGACCAAUGUCUAAGCCCAGAUGUUGACAUUUGUGAUUUUAUUAAAUGUGAAAAUGGCGGAAACUGUAUGAAAGAUUUAACAACCACUGAUUGUUAUAAAUGUAUAUGUGUACCUGGCUUUACGGGAAAUAUAUGUGAUACAACUAUCACCAUAUUACCAAAUGAAUGUGAUCCAGGAUGCCAAAACGGUGGUACAUGUAUUGAUAAUAGAUGUGAAUGCAAUGCAAGUUUUACAGGAACCUAUUGUGAAUCUCGAGACUAUUGUUCACCUACUAAUCCAUGCCAAAAUGGCGGCCGAUGUACUUCGAGCAGCAGUAGUUUUAUGUGCGAUUGUACAGGCACAGGUUACACCGGUUCAACCUGUGGAUACUUGAUCACCAUAGAUCCUUGUGCAUCCAAUCCAUGUCAAAAUGGUGGGAAAUGUUCAUCAAACGGCGUGACAACAAACUGUUCAUGUAUCGAUGGUUACUACGGUGCCUAUUGUCAAAUUUCUUCAAAUCCAUGUCCUGAAACAGCUUGUGAAAAUGGAGGUCGCUGUGAAUGGGUAGCGGCAAAUACUUAUAGAUGUGUUUGUCCUGCGGAAUUCACUGGUGUUAGAUGUGAAACUUUCGUAUUAGCUAACCAUCCAUGUAUAACGAUGCCAUCAAUUGUAUGUAAAAAUGGUGGUGUUUGCACAAUAAAUGGGCCUGAUUACCUAUGUAAAUGUGCCAUGGGUUGGAGCGGAACUAACUGCCAAGAAAAAGUGUCUAAUGAUACAUGUGAUCCGAGCCCAUGUGGUACAUAUGGUACUUGCUUCUUGGUAAAUUUACCACAGGGACUCAUUCCUUAUUGUUAUUGUAAUGAUCGAUGGACAGGAAAAUAUUGUGAUGUGAACAUGGAUGGAAAGUGUACAAAUGAAUAUUGCUUUUCUGGUGGUACAUGUCGAAUGAAUGGGAAUAUCACAUACUGUGAUUGUACAGCAAUGUACACCGGCCAACGAUGUGAAUCACUAAUAGAUACUUCAACCACAACCACAACAGCAACAACAACAGCAACAUCAACAGAAACAGCAACAGCUGCUGCUACUACUACUACUACUACAACUAUGAGUAGCUCAACGGAAACACCAGAAUUUUGUUCACCAAAUCCAUGCCAGAAUGGUGGAACUUGUCUAAGUACCAGCAACACUUUUCUAUGUCUAUGCGAACUACCAUGGUCGGGAGCUAUUUGCACUACAUAUGAACUGAUUACGAAUUUCACUUCAACGACAACUGCCGUCACUACUACAACUAUACUAACAACCGUAACAGUUUCAAACGUCCCCACGGCAUGUGCAAGUCAACCAUGUAAAAAUGGUGGAACUUGUGUUCCUAUCGGUAGUUCGUACUCCUGUUUUUGUGGUACAACCAGUAUUUACACAGGUAAAAACUGUGAUUCAACUGCACCAAUGCCUAUUGAUGAAUGUCCUUUGAACUGUACGCCUGGUCGUUGUAUUUUCUCGGGCAAUGCUAUAAAACCAUAUGCUUGCUUGUGGAAUGGAGUGAUGCGCCCCGCAGACGGUACAACUGCAUAG